AUGUUUCCUCAAGACAAUAAGCCAAUGUUCAACCUGAACAACCCGUCAACCUCCUUCACCUCAACCUCCAGUUCGCUAUCAACAUCUUCAUCUACAGUGCCAUCCAAUUUCAAUCCAUUUCAACUGAUAAUGCAGCUGAAGCAGGCGGAGAACUUGAGAAAUGCCCAGAACAAUAUCUUCAACCGGUCGAAUUCGAUAUUCCCUGUGACUCAGCCGAACAUUGACCAGUUCAAAAUGCUGCAACAGUUCAACAUGAUGAAGGUGAUGAUGAUGAUGAACCAGAACCAACACAACAACAGUUUUGAGAGGCUGGAAUUAAGGAUUGGGGCUAGACUAUUGAAGUUGAGGAGAACUGAGGAUUGUGAUGGUAAGUGGCAAAAUUGUUUUUAAUAUGUUAGCUUUUAAGCCUAGUAAGUUUAAGUUUAAUCUAGUGAGUUUUUAAGCCUAUGUUAGUAAAUUUAAGCAUUUUAUAAUAUUUUUAGGCCUUACGUAGUAAGUGUAACCUUAGGCUAUUAAACUAAAAUUUAGUCUAGUAAGUUCACGCAUGGCCUAUUCAGUCUAAGCCUAGCCUUGUACGUUUGAUCUUUACCUAGAAAAUUUAAUCUUAAUCUAGUAAGUUUAGGCAUAGCCUAGUGAUUUUAAGCCUAGCGUUGUCAUUUUAAGUCUAGCCUAGCCCAAUAGGUUUAAGGCUAGCCUAGUAAGCUGAAGUCAAGGCUAGUAAGUUUCAUCUUAGCCUAGUUAGCUUAAGCUUAGCUGAGUAAGUUUAAUCUAGUAUAGUAACUUUAAGCUUAGCUUAAUAAUUUUAAGUUUUGCCGAGUAAGCUUAAACCCGGCUAUUAAGUUUAAGCCUAGCCUAGUAAGUUUAAGCCUAGCCGGGUAAGGUUAAUAAGCCUAGUAUAGUAAGUUUAAGCAUAGCCUAGUAAGCUUAAGCCUAGCCGAGUAAGUUUAAGCCUAGUCUAGUAAGUUUAGGCUUAGCCUAGUAAGUUUAAGCCUAGCUUAACAACUUUCAGCUUAGCCGAGUAAGUUUAAGCUUAGUAUAGUAAGUUUAAGCCUGGUCUAGUAAGUUUAAGCCUAGCCUAGUAAGUUUAAGCCUAGUCUAGUAAGCUUAAGCGUAGCCUAAUUAGUUUAAUAUUAGCCCAGUAAGUUAGAGCCUCGUUUAAGUUUUGUCUUGCCAUACGUUUAAGCCUAACCUAAUAGCCGUAAGCCGCUCCUAGUAAGUUUGAUUCUAGCCUAGUAAGUUGAAACCCUAAGCCUAUUAAGCAUAAGUUUAAUAAGCCCAAGCUUAUUAAGUUCAAAAAACAGCAUACUAAUGUUAAUGUUUUCAGCUUUAACAAACGCUCGCCUUAUAAACGAUGAAAAAACCUUGAUCUACAGCGUUCUCCAAUCAGGAGUCUCAUACCACGUAGUAACCUUCAAUGGCGGUGAAACAUUGCAUUGCGGUGAAAUCCUGGACAUCAAUACCAACAUUAUCAACCUACUCGAACGUUCAUUCGACCCAAACCUUCGUCUAGCCAAUGGUCAAUGCGUGGUUAUUCGAAUAAUCGAGCCUGGAGACGAAUUGACAUUGGAAAGUCAGUUGGAUACUGACACCAGCUCCGAGACCACGGCUACACCAGUCAAGGAGUUUAAGGAUUUCAAGGAUGUAAACGAGUUCUUGAGGUCACCGUUGAUGCCCAAGGGUAGUCGACGGCAGGUUAUGAGUUUGGAAGGUAAGUUACGUUCUAGUGGGUGUUACAUGUUACAGUUAGGGCUAAGAGGGGGAGAGAGAGGAGACGGUUGAGCUUGAAGUAACGGGAAGGCUAGUCAGGGUAGAUUAGUAAGAAUAAGGUGAGGGUGAAAAGGGACCGGAUGAGAUUAACGCUAAUAAACCUAAGUCUAUCAAGCAAGCUAAUCUCAGUCUAAGCCUACUAAACCCUAAUUCUUCGUAUCUAAAGCAUCUUAAGCCUAAACCUACUAAGCCUAACCCUACUAAGCCUAAUACUACUAAUCUUAAGACUACUAAGUCUAAUAAUGCUAAGCUAAAACUACUAAGCCUUAGCUUGAUAAACCCAACUCUACUAAGCCCGAGCCUACUAAGCAUAGGCCUACUAAGCCUAAGCCUACUAAGCCUACGCCUACUAAACCUAAGCCUACUAAGUCUUAGCCUGCUAAGCCUAUACCUACUUUGAAACUUUACUAAAAAUUAGCCGUUCUGGCUUAAGCCUACUAUGCCUAAGCCUACUAAGUCUAAGCUUUCUAAGCAUACUUUGACUAAGUCUAUUAAGCCUAAGCUUACUAAUCCUAAGCCCACUAAGUCUUAGCCUGCUAAGCCUAUACCUACUUUGACUAAAUCUAUUAUACUAAGCCUGCUAAACCUAAGCCUAGUAAAAUUAGGCAUACUCAGAGCCAUAAAGUUAUAAAUUUUUCAAGUUUCAGACACAAUAUCUCCUCCCGAACUUCCAUCCGAAAAGGGCUAUCAAUGUGAACGUUGUGGUAAAAUGUUCUCCUACGCCUAUUACCGCGACAAACAUCUGAAAUACACAAGAUGUGUUGACAAUGGUGAUCGCAAGUUCCCUUGCGAUCUGUGUAAUCGAUCAUUCGAGAAGAGGGAUCGACUGAGAAUUCAUGUACUACACGUUCAUGAAAACCACCGUCCUCACGUUUGCAACAUUUGUGGAAAGGCGUUCUCACAGAGCAGCAGCUUGAAUAAGGUAGGUUUGUAUUGGCAUAUUAUAACAAGGAAAAGGCAUGGAAUGGCAAGAACUUUCUUUACAAAACAAUAAAUGACACACGUUACACAAUUUUUUGUUCAAAUGGCAAAAACUUUCUUUACAAAACAAGAAAUAGCAAGAACUUUCUCUACAAGCUAAAAAAUAGCAAGAAUUUUCUUUACAAAUCCUUUAAUUGCGGAAGACAUGAUAUACGAUGAGAAUAAGUAAAUAGCAAUAACUUUCUUUACAGAACAAAAAAUUGCAAGAACUUUCUUUACAAAACAAAAAUUGCAAGAACUUUCUUUACAAAAAUAUAUUCAGUACAUUAAAUAACCUUCAAAAGUGUAGUAACUACACACAUUAAUUUAUUCAACUAAUGUCCAAGUAACCAGUGUUUUUGAUGUUUAUCUUUGAAAACAUGAAAAAGAAAAUGAACUUUUAUAAUUUUAAACGUUCUGCACGCAAAACGUGACUUUUUCGGAAUGAAAAUUUAAUUGAAAGGUUAUGGUAACUUCAUGGGAUUUUUGAAGGUUCAGUAAGAGCUGUUGUAAAGAAAGUUCUUGCGGUUUUCGAGAAUAUAAGUUUUGUAAAGAAAGUUAUUGCAGUUUUUGAAAAAAUAGGCUUUGUAAAAAAUGUUAUUGCCAAUUUCGUUUUACGGCCAAGCGGUAUUUUGUAAAAUGUGCGUAUAACUUGUCUUUCGCAGCCUGCAGAAGCGUUUUUAGUCCAAAAGAAGCCGUUUUAAAGCUUGUAAAGAAAGUUCUUGCUAUUUUCUUUUUUUGUAAAGAAAGUUCCUGCCAUUUCUUGUUUUGUAAAGAAAGUUCUUGCUAUUUUUGGUUUUGUAAAGAAAUUUCUUGCCAUUUUUAUCAUUAUUUCAAAUUCCCAUUUUAAAAUAUCAAAUUUCAGCACCUCCGCGUCCACUCCGGCGAACGUCCCUACAAAUGUCCAUACUGUACCAAGUCGUUCACGGCCAGCUCCAUUCUUCGUACUCACAUCCGUCAGCACAGUGGUGAGAAGCCGUUCAAGUGCACAUUCUGUGGCAAGUCCUUUGCUUCACACGCUGCUCACGACAGCCACGUUCGCCGAACUCAUACUAUUCUGGACUCGAUGCAUUCAUGUGCACGAUGCGACAAGCGAUUCGAGAAUGCUUAUCAUCUCGAGUUUCAUAUGGAGACGGUACAUCGUGAGCCCAAAAUUGAGGUUGGAAUUUAA